UCCGCUUCCAGGGCGCCGGAUUCGAGCGGCGCCGUCGCUGCCGCCUGAGGGGAAUCUUCGAAGCCGCCGCCGCCGCCUGAGGGGAAUCCCAGGCCGCCGCCGCCGCCGCCAUCAUGUCGCAGGUGGAGCCCGAGACGCUGCCGCCGCCGCUGUCGGAGGUGGAGGGCCGGGCCGAGGAGCUGGGCCUCGGCCAGCUACCCACGGCCUUGCCCCGCCUCAUUAUAUCCUUUCUUGGCGGGGAAGAAGCGGAGAGCGUGUCUCUCUCUGUGUGUGAAAGACCCCCCUCAUCCCACCCACCAUAAUCUGUGGGGUCCUUCCAUCCCUCCUCGUGGCCCGGGACUCCCGUGGGCAUCUCCCUCAUCCUUUUUUAAUGUAUUUAAUGUAUUUCUACCCCGCAGUCCCCCCACCCCGCGACUCAGGUUAAUAAUAAUAAUAAUAAUAAUAAUUUAUUUAUACCCCGCCCAUCUGGCUGGGUUUCCCCAGCCGCUCUGGGCGGCUUCCAACAAAAUAUUAAAAUAUAAUAGUCUGUUAAACAUGAAAAGCUUCCUUAAAUGGCUUGAAAAUGUAAAGGGCGGAGGGGGGGUUGGAAGGCAAUCACUUAAAAAAAUAAAUCCAAAAUAUGACGCCCAAGGAAAAUGCUCAAGGUCGCUACCGGGCCCUUUUAAGACUCAGAAAUAAGAACAGCUUGAAAACGUAAAGGGGGAGGGGGGGAAGGCAAUCGCUUAAAAAUAAUAAUUUAAAAAAAAAUCCAAAAUAUGAAGUCCAAGGAAAAUGCUCAAAUUCACUACCCUGCCCUUUUAAGACUCAGGCUAGAAAUAAGAACAGCUUAUAAGCGUAGAGGGGGGAGGCAAUCACUUAAAAAUAGUAGUUUAAAAAUCCAAGAAUCUGACCCCAAGCAAAAUGCUCAAGGUCACUACUGCACCCUUUCAGACCCAACAUCAUCCUGGAGCAGCUGUGUUUUGUUACCUUGUGUGUUUUUUUUAAUACUACAAAGCUGCCAUGUGUUUUUCGGGAUGAAGGGCAAUAUCUCUCUCUCUCCAUAUCUAUAUAGCCAGAUGGGUGGGGUAUAAAUACAGUGGUACCUCAGGUUACAUAUGCUUCAGGUUACAUACGCAUCAGGUUACAGACUCCGCUAACCCAGAAAUAUUACCUCGGGUUAAGAACUUUGCUUCAGGAUGAGAACAGAAAUCGUGCUCUGGUGGCACGGCAGCAGCAGGAGGCCCCAUUAGCUAAAGUGGUGCUUCAGGUUAAGAACAGUUUCAGGUUAAGAACGGACCUCGGGAACAAAUUAAGUACUUCACCUGAGGUACCACUGUAAUAAAUUAUUUUUACGACUACUACUACUAUAUAUCUAUAUCUAAUCUAUCUGUAUAAAUUUAGUUAAUAACAGCAACAACUUUUGAGUAUAGUGCCAUUCUGUACAGUUGGAACGCAAUAGGAAACAAAGCCAUUGGCGUGCCGUGCGAAUUCAACAAGUACCUUUGUUCCCUCGCAGCAGAGCGAAAGUUGAUAAAAACUAGUUUUGAGCCAGCCUUUUAUCUGCCAGCAUAAGUAUGCAGUUUUCCCUUAGUAUUUGUACUCUAUGUAUCAGACAUCUGAUAGCUGGACCCAGCGUAUCGGUAAGUAAAUGCUGUGCAAACCAGUUAGAUUUACUCAGUGCUUUUUUUCUGGGGGUACACAUACCCCUAAACAUUUUGUGAAUCUUUGUACUUUUGUCCAUUUACUGUAUUUAUUUUCCCCGAUUUGCACUAUAAAAUGGUGAUUUUCUUGAGUCAAAAAGAGUACCCCUAAACAUUUGUUUUAGGGGGAAAAGCAUUGGAUUUACUUCCCUGUUUUGGUGGUGAUUGUACAGGAAAUGUCUCCUUCAGACAUGAACAUGGGAUGCGGCUUAGUCACAUCCACCUUGGUUGGCAAAAUGCACUGAAAUUGUGCCUCUUGGUUAGUUAGGAGUUUUGCCCCAAUGAAGAAGCCCCACAAUAGUUGCAUGACACAGUUUUGUUAUGUCAUGCUGGGGAGCAGGGUAACGGACGUGGUUUGGCACCUACAACUUUUUUCCUAGUUUCCCACCACAAUCCUUCUGCACCAGAAACCAGCAGUUAUUGCUUGUAGGUGUUCGGAAACUGCUUGAUACUUGGGUCCAUCUUUGAUACCUUUACUCUCUUUUUACAAGCUAUAAAGAUCUAUGGCCAUAGUUUCAGUUCUCACAAUGUUGAGUAUGUACAGACAAGGCUUUGUGCAAACAAAUGCCGCAAAAUAAUGAGAAUGGAGUAUUAUGGCAGUUGAUGAAACUGUAGUGUAACUCUUGAUUUUGUGGGGAAUUAACGAUUUGUUUUAAUAUUAAAUAAAUGUGUUUUUUUAAUGGGUCUUUUUUAAAAAAAGAAAGAAAAGAGAAUGACUUCCCCCUUUUAGUAUUGUGGGUUUACUUUCUUAAAUUUUUUCAUUCCCAGGUGUCUUAAGGAUCUUGACAGAGCAGUUUCUACCCCGCAUCAAUCUUUCUGAGCUGGAGCAAGCAUUUUUCUCUAAAAUAUUACCAAAGGUAUGACACUUUUGAACCAGCAAGUGUGUGUGUUAAGGACUGCUGAGUAUUCACACUUGCGUACUGUUAUUUAUAUGCUUGAGCUCGUCUUCCAGAAGCAUGUCAUUUUUUAAGAUACAUUUUUUAUUUACAUGUUUUAAUGGAGCUUGGCUUGUGUCAGUGAGCAGUUUGCUUUGAAGAGCGGUGCUAACAGAUAGUAGCUUUUACCACUGUUUUCCCCAUUUUAGUUGAGAAAAUGGGUCUAUAAAAUGGUUGAUAAAUGAUUUGGCACUUAGGUAACAGUUUAGCAUUGGCUUGUUUAAGUUAACAAAAAGGCCUCGAUCUGCAUUCUGAGUUUACCUUAGCUAUCUAUAAAAAUAAACUUCAGAAUCUGGGGUUUUCGUUAACUAAUGAAGAAAAAGGGUAUGAUUGCCAGAUCCAAAAAUUGUUGCUCUUCUGGUUUGGACGAAAUGUCAAAAUAAUUACAAAACCUCCAUUCUAUGGUUAUUUAUUUAGUCACUGCUCAUAGGAUGGUGUCAUUAUAAACAUAAUGGAUUUUUCAAUGCUUCUCUGGGUGGUUAGAUUAUGGAAGAAGAAGAAUUAAGCAAGAUUGAAAAGAUGCUCAGUUAUCUCAGAAGAUUUGCAAGGCAUUGUGAAUUUGGAUUUUUCCAGGAUUGUCUGUUAUCUCUUUAAAUGGAGGUUCUGUAUUUGACUGCCAUGGCUAAUCACACUGUACUCCCAGAUUUUCUCUUGUACUUCUUAAAAGCCAUCGAAGUUAAUAAUAACCAUCCCAACAUAUGACAAUGCUGUGCAAUUUGGUUGCAUUUAAUAUAUAGAAUACCAAUACUGGGUUUUCUGUGGAUAUUAUUUUAAUUGAAAUCUGCUUUUUUUCCUAACAGACCGUACAAUUAUUUGAUCUUUUGAUAUAUGAAUUAUCCCACCAAGCCACAAGUGUAACAAGCCACAAUGUAGAGUUACGUGAAACAUUAAGAAACCAUCUGCAGGUAAAUCUACUGGAAUUAGAACUAACAACAGGAAUGAUACAUAUUAUAUAUAUAUAUAUAUAUAUAUAUAUAUAUAUAUAUAUAUAUUCCACAUUGUUGGCAGUAUUUUGGGAGGGAGUAUACCAGCAUAUGCAUGGUAAAUCAUUUGAGGAUUUGUGAGCAUAUGUUUGAUUCUAUUGUACAAAGGUUGAACAUCUCUAACACUUCUGAUUUGUGUUGAACUGUUGUUUAUAUAACCUCCAUUGAUGCUUACAGUAAUAUUUUUGUCAUACAGACUUUGGUGCAUGUGUUGGAAGCAUUAACAGGGUCUGUGCGCCACAUCUGUACUGUACAGGAUGUUGUGCCCUUAGAACACGUCUACAGUCUUCCCUCUUCCAUUCUUCAUGUAAUCAAGAACACAUUUGUACACUGCAAGGUUGGUGAACUUCAUAGUUAAUACUAUUAAAUUUCUAUACCGCUCUUCAUCUGAAGAUCACAGGGUGGUUUACAAUAUAAAUAGUUCAAUAAGUCUGCAAUAUUUGUAAUUUAACUAUCACACUCUGCCUAAACUUGGUUCAGAAAGAUCUGAAAAAUUGGGAAAAGGCAAAUCAUUCAUUAUUAGGAAGAAUUAACAUAAUAAAAAUGAACAUACCUUCCCAUCAUCCUAUUUCUAUUACAAAACCUGCUUGUCUCUAGAUUGAAUUCAGUUAUAAAAAAGAAUGGCAAAAGGUAAGUUUAUAUGGAAAGACAAAAAACCCAAAGUAGCCAGAAAAGUUGGGAAAGUAGAUAAAAAUGAAGGGGGUUGGAUAUUUCUUAAAUAAGUCAAUAUUUUGAUGAUGCAGGACAAUUAGUAUGGUUAAUGCAAUGGGACAAGCCUAAAGAGAGCUAUAACAGGCCAUCACAGGAAUAUUUUGUCAAAACCGAUAUUAGAAGCCUACUAUCGGUAAGUGGAAGAGACAGAAAUAUUGUGUGUCUGACAAAACAGAAUCAUAGAAUUGUAGAGGUGGAAAGGACCCUGAGGAUCAUGUAGUUCAACCCCAACAAUACAGGAAUAUACAGCUGUCCUAUAUGGGGAUCGAACCUGCAACCUUGACAUUGUCAGCACCACACUAUAACCAACUGAGUUAAUAGAUAUUUGCUUGGAAACAUGAGACCAAUACAAACAGAUUUUAUCACAUAAAACCUGACGAUUGGCCUCUACGUUAGAUGAGAGAAGAUUUAAUUUGAAAGGAUAAGUAAUUUUCAGUUUUGGAAAGAUAAAUUGGAGUCCUUUCAAGAUUGAGACUGAACAAGUGAAGCCUAAAUUAGAGCUUGAUACUCCUGUUUCUAGUAUCUGCAAAUCUGAACCUUCUUAAAUAGGCCUUUCCAAUGCUUGCUUUUUCUCAUUUGCUUGUUCUGUAAGUAUGAAGUUGAGUCCUGUCACCUGUUUGAGCUUGGCAAGUCUGUGAACUAGAUUUGGGGAGCUGCCUGCUUCCCAAAAUGUUUGCCCUUCCUUCUGCCACCAGGUGGAGGAGCCAUAACCUAACCUGCUAGCCUUGUGCUACCAGUGGAAAACAACCCUUUAGAUAACUGCCAACUGUAUUCUCACAGGGUAUCACAAGGAUAUUAGAGAUUUAGUAACUUGGUGCAAACAAUUUUCCAGUGUUUGUUUCCAUUGAAAUCGAUACUGAGAAAGCCUGAAUACAGUUUUGUUCAAUAAAUACUAUCCUGAUAUGCACUCAUACUUUUUAAGGAUAAUUUUCAGAGGGGAGAACCUCUGGUGUUAGUAUGCAGCAGCAAACCCCCCCCCCCCAAAUGUAUAUUAUGCCAUAGUAAUACAUUUGUUUGUCUGUAAGGUGUCACAAGAAACUUUGUUGUUUUAUCUGGGAUAAAUUCUGGAGUACAUAUUGUAUAGCAUGUAGUGAGAUAUUUUAUUUAGUGCUUAGCAGCUAUGGAUAAUAUGAAUAGAGAAAUGAUCUGGGUCAUGAAUUAGUUACUUCCACCACUGAUCUAUGCAAUGUGUUCACUUUCUCUCCGUUUUUUUUAUUUUGCUACAGAAUAGUGAGUCGUUGUACAGUGAGUGUCUCCACUUGUUUUCGGAUUUACUCCAGUCUCUGUUUAAGGAGGCCUAUGCUUUGCAAAAGCAGUUUAUGGAACUGCUUGAGAUGGUAUCUGUGAACUCGUGUGCUGCUGAAGACAGUAUAGCGAUUAUAGCGUCAGGUGUGUAUGCAAACCAUGCACUUUAAAGCAGACCACUCUCCCAAAUGUAUAAACUCCUACCACAUACCUAUUCCCUUCUGUUAAAGUUGGUGUUCCUCAUCAGUCCAGGAUGAUCUGAUCUGCUUCUCAAAUUCAGGGCUAAAUGUGAGAUAAAAGCAAUUAAAAGUGCAGCUAUCACUUAACUACUGUUGUGAACGUAGGGAAAUGGUGGUCUUCGUUGUAUUGAAUGAGCUUCAUUGUAUUGAACGGUUCACUAUAUUAUAUGCUGAACUUACCUUGCAUUUACUUUUUGUCCUUUGCUCUACAGCUGUUCAUACUUUGCUGGAGAUCUGUUCUGCUAUUUCCAGCAUAGAUCAUGCGCUUCAUGCAAACACAUGGAAGUUCAUAAUCAGGUAUGUUUUUAUUCUAUUAAUGUUAUCUGUUAUAUAAUCUAAAUAGAUUAUAUGAGCUCUGCAUCAAAUUGUGAUAUUGAAAAAUCUGUAUCUAAUUCAGCUUGUUAGACAUAAUAUGGGCUCAGAUUUGGACUGACGGCAGCUCCUCCAUUGUGAAGAAUGCUCUGCGGAAAUAGAACCCAUAGAUCAGAAUGGAUCAAUAUAAUAAAAAUGAAUUUUUAGUUUCAAAUUAGUUAAAAGGUACAUGAUUGCACUAAAUGGCUAUUAAGCCCCAAAAUAUCUCAUUUACAGUCUACCCUGAGAUCAUGGCUUUAAAAUCUGAGAAGGAAUGAAUCAUUUAGAUUUAAAUACUUAAUUAAAAAAUACGACAGAGUUCUGGGCCAUUGCAUUGCUUAAAUGUAGUGGUGAGAUGGAUGAGGGAAAACAAGCUAAGCUUGAAUCAUAGCAAGGUGGAGUCACCGUGGGCGAGUAGUUCCCAUGUCUGAGAAAUUAGUGAAUUGCCUACCCUGGAUGGGGUUGCACUCCCCCUGCAAAGGAGCAGGUUUGCAGUCAGGGGUUGUUUCUGGAUCCAGCUCUGUCACUGGUGGCUCAGGUAGCCUGAGUGGCUGGAAGUGCCUCUUAACAACUACAAUUGGUUCGACAGCUACAGCCAUUCUUGGACUGGUAGUUCAUGGUACUGGUGUGGGGCUUCCCUUGCACUUGAGCUGGAAGCUGCAGUUAGUACAGAAUGCUGUAGCACGAUUGCUGACAGGAGUGAGACCUGUCAGUAUGUAACACCUGGGCUCAGAUGUCUGCGCUGGUUGCUGGUUUGCUGCUGGGCCAAGUAUAUACAGGCAUACCUCAGGUUGCGAAUGCUGCGGGUUGCGCGUUUUCGGGUUAUGGACCGCGCUGAACCUGGAAGUACCGGAACGGGUUACUUCCGGGUUUCGGUGCAUGCGCAGAAGCGCAAAAUGACGUCAUGCGCAGAAGCGCCGAAUUGCGUCACACAUGUGCGCAGACACGGGUUGCGAAUGCUGCGGGUUGCGAACGUGCCUCCCGCACGGAUCACGUUCGCAACCUGAGGUAUGACUGUAAAGCCCUUAACAACUUGGGACAAGUUUACCUGUGAAGAUUGCAUCUGUUUACCUGUGGAGGUGGCACUAUAGCAGGUGCCACAUGUUACCCAUUCCCCAUUUGUAACUUCUAACAGGAGUCCUUGCAGCAGAAGUAAGGCCCGCCACUGUGCCAGCCAGCCACAACCUCCUCCACAGCACUCCAUUUCCAUUUCUGAUUUCCCCCCAACGGAUUCUCAACAUUCUUGGCUACUGAUUUAGGGGUGGGGGGUGCUCCCUUUUGUUUCUCAGAGGUCCUGUGUUGACUCUGUUUCAGCUGGUACUCGCCAUCUGAGUUAAUGAGAGUGAUUGGGGUGUGUGUGAUGGUUCUAAUAGCCUGUUGACUAUUUGAGAAUUGUCACAAGUUUGUCCCUUUCAGGCAAAGUCUCAAGCACAAAUCUCUGAUAAAGAACAGCUUGAAGCAUUCCGAUAUACUUAGUGGCCUUUGUGAGGAUAUCCUGUUUUCUUUCCAGUCUUGUUUGCAGCUGGCUGAGCAGAUGAAGCGGUCUGGAACAGAGGUGAAUAUGACUUUUAGGCAUAUUGACCUUGGGAUGAAGUUGACUUCCAUAGUAUUGUGGUUAAAGUUGCAAGGACGUGAACUUCUGAGAGCUUUAGACAGGCCACAAGCAUAGCUUAUGUUUGGGCAGCACACAAACUAUUUAGAACCAUAGAAUCCUAGCUUUCCUUUUGACCACUUUUUAGUAAAUGGUGGGGAUGGACAAAAACCUCUUCAGACAUCUCUAUCUCAGGAGCUAAGGAACACAUGCUCCCCUAAUGGUGAGCAUCAUGUAGACUGUCACUUUAAUGGGCUACACACAACUUGUUGCUGUUCUCCAGUGCACUAAUUUAUUCUGAACUUGAUGAGAAAAUUUGAUAGUCAUAGCUGGGGGGAUUCCUGGAUGGAAGCCAAUCGUGUCGAGUAAGCACUGGUAUAGGAUCUGUUGUGCAGGCCUGAAAAUGGAAGGCGAGUAAAACAUCAAAAAGCCAAAUUAACCGUUUUUCAGAAUUCCCAAGGACACGUCUCAAUUUAUGCAUGCAUAAAAUAAAUUUAUUGGCAAUUGUAGCAUAGCUUCUGUGUAUAAGCAGGUUUCCUCUCCUCUCUCUUGAGUAUGCUGAACUUCCAUUACAGUAUGUGCAUAGGCCAGGGAAUGAAAUAGCCAGAAUGUUACCUCACAGGACUGGCCUUUCAGUGCUGGGGAGGGGGAUAGGGCAGGGAGGUGAGGCAUUUCUGGUAUAAGUUUUCUAAAACACUGUUGAAUUCUGUCCAUUUGAGCUUUGAUUUCUUCCCUUUCAAAUAGGAGAGCAUUGAUUGCAAGUUGUUCCAAAGGACAGUCAAGCUGUGUAGAUUCUUGGCCAAUUCCCUGGUGCACUACACCAAGGUGAGAGAUAGAAACUGGGUUCACUCUGAUGCAAAAUGUAUGUUUGGCUUGAAUAUGCCUUAAUUGCUUUGCUAUAAAAUAUUCUGUCUAACUUGGAAAAUGUGGUAGCAUAUAUAAAAAGUAAUUGGCAAUAUUCCAUCCAUAUUCCUCAGAAUCAUUACUUGUCAUGUAGGGCUUGAUUUGUGCUGUCUAUAUACUACAUUCGACAUUGUUAACUACAGAUUCUACUUAGCCAUGAAGUUUGUGCUCAAAGCUGUGUCUAAAUAAGGAUACCUUUCCAGUUUGUCAUAUCUGUCCUCUUUGUAUUGUACAAAUUGCACAACUCUUCAAGUCUGCAGUUAUAGAAGUCUCUUUCUAAUAAGUCAGUGAACAUCAUCCUUUUUCACCCCUACAUCCUUUGUGUCAGUUUGCAAAUGCUUUGAGAAGAACAUCACUUGACGUAGAGAAUCACAAAUGGUGUUUUCCCCAGAGGGAAUUUAGAUUUGCUACCCAUUUUUUAUUGUAGGUACUUGUACUAUUCCCAUAUUUUGUAACAGCCCUUGUACCACGGACAAAUAAAAUGGUUCACUAUUGAUAUCUGAACCAAAUUUCCUUAGGGUGUGUUUCUCCCUUAGCGGCAUCUGCUGGAAAAGCAGUUUGUUUUUGGUGUUUUGCAGAAAGUUUUAACAUUUAUCUGAAAUGCUUUAGGAAUUUACUUGGUUCUUAAAUCACAAGUAUUUGCUGUGAUUGCAUUGUCCAUCUGUAGUUGUUAAGAGUUUACUUAAGUCAGCAUAGUAUUUUUGUGUUAUAUCCCAUAUUAUGCUUCCUUUUUUCCUGAAUAAAUGUUUUGUUUUGUUUUGUUUAAGGUUAUCUGAUUUGCCCUGGGUUUAGUAACUUUAACCUGACCCACCCUACUUAGAAGAGUGGGUAAAAUUUGAUUCUAAAAUAUGUAGAACAGAUUUUUAAUACUGAAUUGUAGCUUAUACAGUACAGUAAGUCUUGUACUAUUUUGUAUUAUCUUUUGAACAAAGUUCCACUCUGCUUAGAGGGACUUCCAAAUGUGUAGACAGGAUUGUAGCAUUACAGCACAUUCCUAUACUCAAAAGUAAUGUGUGUCUCAGAUUGUAGCCUUUUAUUUCAAGUAAGUUGUCUUGCUUAGUAUCCUUUCCAUGUGCAUACAGAGCCAAAAAUACAUAUAUUAUAGUAUAAAAUGCACGUGAGCUGCAGGAGUAAAAAAUUGGGAUUGUGCUCUACUUACCAGAAUCGUAUGUAAAGUGCAGCUGAAAAGUAAGUUUAAAAAAUUGCAACAUUAAUUCCACAAAAGGUCUGAACCUACAAUAAAGAUACAGUGGUACCUCAGGUUAAGUACUUAAUUCAUUCCAGAGGUCCGUUCUUAACCUGAAACUGUUCUUAACCUGAAGCACCACUUUAGCUAAUGGGGCCUCCUGCUGCCACUGCGCUGCUGGAGCCCGAUUUCUGUACUUAUCCUGAAGCAAAGUUAUUAACCUGAAGCACUAUUUCUGGGUUAGCGGAGUCUGUAAGCUGAAGCGUCUGUAACCUGAAGCGUAUGUAACCCAAGGUACCACUGUACAGAUAAAAUUACUAAAAUAUAAUAAUAUAUUAUCUCAUCUAUCCAGAAUGAUGCAAAUUUUCAGCUUAUAAAAGGCAGUGGAGAUAAAGUUAUAUCAAUGAAUUUUAAAAUUUAAAAGUAUUUUAAAUGGUUGGCUUUACAGGAGUUCACUCCUUUCCUGGCAGAUUCCUGCUGUCAGCUACAUCAGACAUACCUUCAAAUAUACAGGUAAGUGGUACCCGAUAAUUAAUUUGAUUUUUAUUAUUUUUACAUAAUUAUUAUGUCAUUAGUGUUUUCUGUGCCUGAGCUUGAAAGUAAUUUGAAAGCUGCCUUCCUGGUACAGUGGUACCUCGCAAGACGAAUGCCUCGCAAGACAAAAAACUCGCUAGACGAAAGGGUUUUUUGUUUUUUGAGCUGCUUCGCAAGACGAUUUUCCCUAUGGGCUUGCUUUGCAAGAUGGAAACGUCUUGCAAGUUUGUUUCCUUUUUCUUAACACCGUUAAUACAGUUGCGACUUGACUUCGAGGAGCAACUCAUAGAACGCGGUGUGGUAGCCUUUUUUGAGGUUUUUAAAGACUUUGGUGAUUUUUGAAGCUUUUCCAAAACUUUCCCAACACCGUGCUUCGCAAGACGAAAAAAAUCGCAAGACAACAAAACUUGCGGAACGAAUUAAUUUUGUCUUGCGAGGCACCACUGUAUGGCAGUUUGCAAACAGUGGGUUCCAAAAUCAUGACGACUGAAGACUGAUGUCCUGGCAUGUAUCUGCAAUAGCCCCAUUUCCUUCUGUAUCAAGGUAUGUGCCACACAGUGUCAUAGAAUCGUAGUGUUGGAAGGGACCCAAGGGUCAUCUAGUCCAACCCCCUGCAAUUCAGGAAUCUCAGCUAAAGCAUCCAUGAUGGAGCCAUCCAACCUCUGCUUAAAAACCUCCAAGGAAGGAGAGUCCACAGCCUCUUAAGGGAUGCUGUUCCCACUGUUGAACAGCUCUUAAACGAAUGUCACUGCAAUACAAUAAGAACAUAAUUAAAGUGUGUCUUGUCUUAGCUCCACAGAGUUUCUGUAUUCUGUUGAACCUUAGAAAUCCAUGUUUAGUGCUCUUCAGAGUACAAGUGAUACAUGCAGCAUUCUGUAUUCUUUCCUGACAGCAAAUUUCCUCCAAGUCUUUAUGCUCCAGCGAUUUCUAAGUCUCAUCAGGAUGAAAUAGCGAGGGAAUUCCUCGUGACGCUGGACUCUCUCCUACCCCACCUGCUCUCUUUUAGGCCUUUCCUAGAAGUGGCGUUAAGUAAAAUUUCAGGUAAGCUUAAAGGCCCUGACAUUCUCCUUGCAGCAGAGAACUGGGUGGAGGAUUCUGAUGGUCCCUGAAAGCCAGGUAUUUCUUCCCCCUAGUCAGCUGCAAGAAUAAUAAAAUUCCACAGUAGCAAUACUAUAUACCAAUUUGUUUUGAAAAUGUACAAUCAGACCAAAGUUACUUAUUAGUAACUCAGCUUUUUUCAGGUCAUAAACAUUAUUAUCAUCAUUAUAUUCAUUUCAUGGCUUUAGAAUAUUCUUACCAUUCUAAUUUUUAAAGCUAAUCUUUCUUUUUCAUGUGUAGAAUUUUGUAUUCUUAUUAAAGGCUUAAUUUCUCUUAAUAACAUUUUUAUUUGUUUAGUUAUAAGCCAUAAACUUUUUGCAGGUGUUCCAUAAUACUUGUUUGACACUUGUAAGAGAUUGAUCUUUUAGUGUGGCAGCACUCACUUCGGAACUCCCUGCCUGUUAACAUCAGGCAGCUGUCUUCACUGUAUUCUUCUUUGGCACCUGAUGAAGACAUUUUUGUUUAGGCAAACCUUUCCAAACAUGUACAGUGUUCCAUAUGUUAUAAUUCAUUUUAGCUUAUUGUUGGUUUUCAUUUGUUUUGAACAGUUGUUUUUAACUAUUUUUACUGUUAAUGUUAUUGUUUAAUGCUUUUUGCAAACUGCUUUGAGGGUUUUUCUUUACAAUCAAGCAGUAUAUAAGCAAUAUAUAAACGUUAAAUAAAUAAAAUAUAUAAAAAUUACAAAGACAAAUGAGUUUUAAGUACAUGGUUGUAGAUUUCUAGAUUUAUUCAGACAUGAGAGCUCCAUAUACAUGUAAGCUUGCUUUAAAAGUUUUAACUUAAAAAAUGUUUUUUCUUUAAAAAUGACUACAGAUCUCUCUCCUGAGCUGCAUUUUCCACAAUGUCGUCUUCUGCUUUCUGUAAUGGACAAGUUGCCAUCCCAGCCCCAAGAUGUGCAGGCUCUUUGGAACACUGGAAGUCAGUUACCAGAGGAGAUUCCCAGGUAAUUCAUUGCUGCUGUAGUAGAUUUAUAUUAAUGGAUAAGCGUUUUUGUGAUUAGCAUACUUGAUGUUGCCAAGCUGCAUCCCCAGGUUGUUUUGAACACGUUUUAUAAAAAGAUGUGUUGUAUUGAAUGAAGGGUUUAGUGAAGGUUAGCAUGAUUAAUUCUAAAUAUAAUUUCCUCAGUAAUGUCAGUUGACUGUACAAAGAUUCUGGAUAGCUCUUGCUAGAUUUAAGAUGCUUAUUUCUGUUUCAUUGAUUGUAGACUUUUGCAGCAUCUGGAAAUCUAGCAGUCAGUAGCAUAAAAUCCACCCAGCACAAUUUAGGGCUGCACUGUCUCUAUAUUAUUCGUUUUAGUGAUGCAUGUUGGAUUGCUGCAAAGAGUUAGCCUUAGGUAAGAGUAAUCCUGAUGUUCUCCAUUUCUCUGCAGAGUCUCCUUGUUUGCAGCCCUCUUCCUCAGUCUUCAGCAGUGUCCUGGAGAGCUUUUUCUUCCUGUUAGUUUGCCAGCAGCAAUGGGGACAGGGCAAGCUGAGGAUCUUGUCACCUUUUACCACUAUGUCUGUGUCCAUUUGUGUGCCUUUAUCACAUCCCUCUCGGUUUCACACUUCCAUCUACUGGUAAGGAGUAUUGUACGACAAGCCCCAUCUGCUGACUUAGAGCAGCUAGUGGAUUUUAAAACCAAGCUUUCCAAUAUAAGUCAUUCUUCUCCACUGCAUAUCUUACCAUAUAAUAAAAUCUUAAGAUGACCUCAGUUUGUGUAGCUGCCACAGGCUAGCUACAGAGGAUGAGUCCAGGGUGGUCCUCUCCUGCCUUUCCAUCUUUGCUGCCACUGCCAUGGAGUGGGGGAGAAAGUCUCCCUUUGUCCAUUCAUUCUUCCACGCCACUGCCUUAAGAGUCUCUACCCUGGAAAUAAGAGAAAGAGGGAUUUGUCCUCCCCACUUCUGGACGUUUGAGCUGUGCAAAGGGGUGUGUUGGUGGUUGCACAGGGAGUGGGAAGGGAAUUUGUUGAGGGGCAAAGGAAGUGGGGAGGAGAGCUGGCGAGGGGCAAAGGCAACUAUCUGUAAACAAACAAGAAACGUCCAUAAAAAUGGCGAAUGUACUUUCUUUCCAAAAUACGUUUUAUCUUAAACAAUUGUAAGCACAGCAACGUUAUGAUUGAUUUUGACAGCUCGAUGACUAAGCUCUUUAGCAACGAAACGUCUUGAUUACCGGAACGAUGUUCGAGCACUGAACCACUGGUAUAUUUUACUGCGUUUUCAGUUGUUUAAGAUAAAACCUAUUUUGGAAAGAAACUACUUUUGCCAUUUUUAUGGAUGCUUAUUGUUUAUUUACAGAUAGUUGCCUUUGUGGUCUUAUCUUGAGACAGUGAGCAGGUAUACCAGAUGGAGCUGGUAGACAGCUGCCCUGGACACAGAACUGACCUUUGCCUCCAUGGACAGAUUUGUUUUUUCUUGUUAGUUGGUGGGAUGACAAUAAACAGCAGCCGUAACUUCUUUCUAAGCAACUUUUUGCCUGUGUAUACGUGUAUCUGUUUUCUUUCAGGAAUGUUCCCUGCUGGAGACUGUACUUGGUUCUAACACAAUCACUGCUCUCCUGGCUAUGGACAUUUGGUGCUUCCUUGCCCGGUAAGAAAAAAAAAAUCCUGAAACACAGGCAGAUGUAACUUAAACUGCUAAGUUUUCCCAUAUUUAUUUAUUUUUGAUACCACUUUAUAUUUUUAAUAAAAAUCUCAAAGCGGUUUACAGCAUAUUAAAUCAAUAAAACAACAGCUGGGCAAUGUUCCUCUGGCCUCAUGAGGAGCCUCUUUAGUAGGGCUGGGUGAAUCUGGGCCCCGCCCCCUAGGCCAGGUGGAAAGGGCCUUGCGGGGAACAGCCUGCACACUCACACCUUCAGCAAAAAGACAAGGAAAAAAAUUAUUAAAUACAGAUACCACUUUUUCUUCAAGAAAGGUAGCGUAUCAUAAUUGGCAUUUUUCUCUCCUCACAGUAAACUUGUUAAGCUGAAAGAGAAUGACUUGCAAGAGCUAUGCUAAUAGGUGCCAUGACUAAACAGGGAUUUGAACGCAGGCCUUCCCAGUUCAAGAUCAACACAGACUAGCACCCCAAGGAGAGAUCCGCUGCCUCACUUGUUCAUCUUGCUCUUUUUUCUUCUCCCAGGUAUGGAAGAGCGGACCUGUGUGCUCAUCAUGCAUUUAUCAUAGCAUAUUUGGUAAGCAGAACGUGGUUUGUUUAUAAGCAGAGGUAUUUGAGCAGAGCAGAAAAUGUAACAUAGCACAACACAACAUGAAGUUUACAUAGCUGCAGAUUAUUAUCCCAGGCCUCUUGAAGACUAUGGGAAAAUCUGUUGUACAAAAUGGGAAAUGCUCAGUCCCUUCCUUGAUUUCCUGAUACGUUUGUAUAAUAAGGGCUAAAUAUUAGUUUUGUAAUAUAGCAGUAUUUAAUCAAAUUUAGUUUGAAUUUAGUCAAAAUGCAGUGAAUGAUUAUAUAGUCUCUUUCUUUCUUUCUUUCUUUCUUUCUUUCUUUCUUUCUUUCUUUCUUUUGCCAGCUUGAUUCUCUCAUUAUAUAUUUUGAAAAAACUCCACCCCAUGUCUUCAGCCAAACAUGGAUUCCAAGGAAAUUUACAUACAAAAUUAAUUAUCAACACUAUUUUAAAAUAAACAGUAGCACAAUAAAAUCUGGGAAUCAUGUCAUAUUCAAUCAUUUUAAACAAGCCUAAAUAUGUUCAUGGUGCUUUCUUCAGGAGAUACUUGGUUGUUCAGCUUUGCUUCAUUUUGAUAAGCAUUUUUCUCUAGGUCUGAUUACCUAGUGAUGGGAUUAAUUUUUUAUUUAUUUUUACCUUCCUCUUUAGUUAUGUGGCUUGGCUCAUUUGUUUGAGCUAUCUGGAUGGUUUUAACAAACAAAUGCUGGCCUUGAUAGGCCACUCUAACAUGGAGCCACUUUGAUUAAUUCCUAAUUUUAGGCUUGUUAAUUUGUGUGGUACAGGCUACUCUGUGAAGUAGUUUAGGAGGGACACACAGAUGGGUGCAAAUGGUAUUUGGUUAAUACAGACAUCUGGCUGUGGUCAAGUGGAGAAUCCGUAAUGUUAAAAAGGAAUAUGUAAGUAAUGUUGGACUUGCUGUUACCUAAAAUAGGACCCAGUGUAUGUGUAGCUAUAGGUUCUGCAUCAAAACUGUUCUCUUUUUUAAAAAAAACCAAACAAACAUGCUUAGGUGUCGCUAGAUUGUUAGAAUUUUGUGAGCUAAUAAUUUCUUACCCUAUUCAGAUAAAAGCUUGUCCUGCAGAGCAUUUUCAAGUUUCUCUGCUUGGAGUCCUGCUAAGGCGUCUGCUAUUCCUGAUGACUGCUGAUCACCAGGCAAGUACUGCCAAAAAUGUUAUUUAUUGAUUCCAUCUGUAUCCCAUCUUUCCUUCAAGGAACUCGAGGUGUUAAGCACUUUUUGUUUAGUGAGGGAAGAGGCAUAUGUUUCAACCUGCUUUGUUACAACCGUAACAAAUUUUGAGGGCUCAUUCAAAUAUUACACUCACCAUAGGAAGGUGGUCAAAGAUGCUUUUGUAUGAUUAGAUUAGUCUUACCAUCCAGAAAGUCUCCCUUUUAACUGCUGCACUGAAUGUGCAGCCCAGGCAUUGAGAGUUUCCCCUCAUGGUAAAAGGCUUACACAGGCUUUAACAACCAGAGUAUGUCACUGGUGUUCUGUGAAAACAUUUUGGCUGCAUCUAGGUGAGAGCCGUACUAUCUGAAUUUAGCCCAAAGGAAUCAUUGUCGUUUUGCAAUUAAAUCUCUCAGGAAUCUCCCUCAGUACUAACCGAAGUUGUGCACCUGUCUGUCCUGUUAUUAAAGUGUAGACAUAUUUUAUGGGUAUUGUUAAGGUUUUCUGUGAACCAUCCAGAGACCUUGGGGUAUAGGGCGGUAUAAAAAAUUCAAUAAAUAAUAAUAAUGAGAAGAAUAAUUAUCUGUCUUGGAAAUAGAGUGGCUGAAGUCACAUUCUGGGUUGGGGACUGGAGAAGCUGCUGGGAUAGUUUCAGAGUCUAAGCCUUGCCUUUGAGAGGGAGAGAUCCUUUCCUCUAGCCUGCCAUCUUACUCUGUCAUUGGACAGAAAGGAUAUUCUGUUUAGUUUAUUAUUUUCCUAUAUUUGUGAAACAGUUUAUUGAACUCUCCUGUGCUCUUUCUAAUGCUGCCUUCACCUCCUUGCAGGUGAGGUUCACCCAACAAUUUCCUUCCAGAGAAACAGAGAGCCUGCUAUUGUGGCAGCAUCUUUCUCUCCAGGCCCUGAUCCCUCCCCUCAGACAGCAAGUUGCUCAUGAGCUCUUUGUGGCCGGAUUUGCACAAUGUCAAGAGUGGCUGAGCAGCAAAAGGUCUCUGGAGGAACUUCCACAGGUGGUAAGGAAAGGCUUGAAUGAAUUACUUGCGGAUGAAAAACUCUGGUGAGGAUUUUCUUGUCCUCUUUGGUUCUAUUGUUCUGUUAUGGGGAUACCCACAAGUAAGCCCAGCUUUUUGCAUCUUUGUACUAAUAGUAUGAUUUCAGAGCGAUAAUAACUUUUUUGUACCGGGUCUAUCAAUAGUUUGCAUGACUGGGAUCAAGUGUUGGUGCAAAGGAUGCAGGACUUCAGAUUCCUGAGCUUCAGGACUUGCACUUUAAAGAGAGAAUGCAUGUAUUUUUUUCUUGCCUUUGUAGUUGCAGACGGAAGCCUGAAAGUGGACAUACUUUUUCUGUUAAAACAAGGGUGGUCAACCUGUGGCUCUCUAGAUGUUGCUGGACUAAAGCUCCCACCACUGCAAACUACUGGUUAGCUGAGGUUGACAGGCACUUCUGGAGAGAGACAGGCUCUCCCUGUGCCUAAAUGCUUGCAGAUUGGGUGGUGUUUCUAGUGAUCAGAGAUACAACUAGAAGUGUUCCUAGCUCCUCACAGCUCUUUCUUCUCUGUUAGAACACUGCUCUCUCUGCCUUGUUGUCCUUGUGCCAAACUGCUGGGAAGUCACUAGAGGUGGGACAGCAAACAGCACUUGUUGGAAUUGUUGGACAGUUCUUGGUAGUUCUACCUGCCACACAGGUGAGUAAAUUCUCUCAUUUCCCACUUCCUGCUGCUCCAUCUAGUUCUCCCUUCUCCACAAGUCCAAUAAUAUGUCAGAACAGAGAUAGCUGCAGUUUUCCUGCUCUUGUGGGAGGGCUAUAGGAGGAGAAAGCACAAUUCCAGGAGAGAGAAGAAGACGACGACUCUGUUUUGUUACAGGAGCAUGCAGUUGCCUCCCAGUAUGCAUCUUUCUUGCCAUACAAAUGUCAGCAUUUAAGGUGUUGAUGACUCUUCCUAUAGUACUAGUUCCAUUAUGUGCCGAAAGAGGGAGGGGUGCUCUAUUUUUGCCUUGUACCAUAUAGCCAUAGAAACAGGCAAAGAAGUGUUUCCGCUUUAAUAUACAGGGUGAAUUUAAUAAUACUUCAGUGCAAUAUGAAUUGCAGUUAACACUUGCGAAUCGUGUGAGACUUUUGCUCCCUACAAUCACCAAACAUUGUGCUUUACUCCCAUCUGGCAAAGAACCCAAAAGGGAACUGGGCUAGGAGGCAGCAGUUUGUGGUAGUUUGUAUCAGUCCUCAUAUUUAGAUGAAGCUGACUUCACACUUUCCGUCUGUGAGAGGAGUGCACCUUCUGUCAGUUUGAGUUUGAGUAGAUCAACAGCACUUACUUAGCCAGACAGCCUUUCAUGCUGCUGUCACAGAGGCAGGGCAUAGCAGAAUCAUUAAACAUUCACUUUGCAGUGAAUCUUUACCUAGUUACCUAGCUAGUCAGAAAUGGAGGACACUGUGAGGCUAUAAUAUGCUCUUUUUGUCCAAUGAAGGUCUCCAGUCUGCCCUCUCUGCAGCAGACCUUUAGCUUGGUGCUUCGACUCAUGCAGUUCUUCAUCCAAAUAUUAGAGCCUCAACUGCUAAUUCAGGUAAGAAAUAGUAUGAUGAGCAGACUUGCCUUACAUACACAGAUGGAUGUCUAGCAAGGUACUUUUCAAAGCUGAUUGCUGCUAGUUAUGACAGGUGUAUCCAUCAUCAUUUUUCUACCAGAGAGUGAUCCUGGUAAGCAUAAGCCACAGUAGUACAAGAAUGUCAUGAUCCUAGUUCCUGGCUAUUUAGAAACCCUAGCCCUCAAGAAGCAGAGCUACAGUUUGCUUCAUAGGGUGUAAUUAUUAAGUUACAGCUGGUUUGCAACAUAUUCACAAAACAACCUCCUGCAUCUUCACUCACAGAUGUUCACAGUAUGGUGAGAGGGAGGAAGUGUAUUUUGCCCCCCUACACCAUUUUAAGGGCCUUCAAACAGAGUGUAUUAUAUUUGGAGGUGCACACCUCUUGCCCAGGCCAAUGCAGCCACAACACCACUGGCCUGAAUGUUCCCCACUUCCAUCCUUUAUUGGCCUGUCCAUUGUCAAGGCUAGUCAUGACUGCUAGCAACCAGAAUUUGAAGUGUAUUUGCCAAUCUAGUUGAGGUUGAGCAUACAGUCAUACCUUGGGUUGCAGACGCUUCAGGUUGCGUGUUACUGGGUUGUGCACCGCACCAAACCUGGAAGUACCGGAACGGGUUACUUCCGGGUUUCGGCGCAUGUGCAGAAGCGUCAAAUUGCGAUCCGUGCGUGCGCAGAAGCGGCGCUGUGGGUUGUGAACGUGCCUCCCGCACGGAUCACGUUUGCAACCCGAGUGUCCACUGUAUUUAGCAACUGUGCAUACACAAUGCUACUCUGGUGAGGGUUGACGGAUUUGGGAGAAGCAAACAGUGCCAGGAGCCUUCAAGGUUGGUCAGUGGAAUAGAAUUUCCUGACCAUACUUAAAAUCACAAGCUUUCCUGUCCCACUACUACGCUGAUUGUUUAAUCUAUUAUUUCUGUUAUGAAAGGUUGCUGUGCUUCUUUUGCAUGCAGGCCGGGUUAUGUGAAUUGUCACUUAGUGUUCUUGCAUUUUAAACCCCUCUAAACCUUACUCCACCAAUGUGUGUAUAGCUGCAUCUGCAUGCACUGGAUGAAAUGGACCAAAAGACCUUAUAUCAUAAUCUUCAAAUGUGACAACACUAUUCGUUGUUUUCUCUUCCUGCAGAUACUUACACUGCAAACUUCCCUCCUUCAACUCAAUCCCCCAGAUCAUGUUCUCACUGCAAUCUUAGAUUUUCUCUCUUCGAUGGGGGUUCCCAUUAUUCCACCAGAAUUCCAGGUAAAUUCACUAGAACAAGAUUCUGUUCUUUCAUUAACCUUCUGCAGGUGUCGUUUACUGUUUUUCAGUAGUGGCCACUGAGUAGCUAAGGCCCAAAGUACAUUAAUCAUAAGAAUGUCAAGUUCCUAUUACUUUUUAGAAACCCUGUGUGGGAAGCCUACAUGGGUAAUGAAAGGUACAGGGACUCCUUGAUAGUUACCUAGGGGUAGAAAGAUAUCACUAUUACAUUAUCCCUGGACUUGGUGGUGUUCUUGCCCCUGAGUUUAUUUUAGCUUGGAAAUGCAUUUUUACUUGGAAUUUUUCCAUUUUAAAGACACGUUCUUGACUCUUGUUGAAUGGCAGUGGGUCAGUGUGACAACAGGACUUGGCAUAUUGUGGGAUGUUUUGCUGGUUUGAUUUGGAGGGCUGGGCAUGUCUAUUUGUCGGCAGAGUCCAGACGAAUAGUCAAAACCAACAAAAAAUAUUUUGGUAUCUUAAGAGACUGACACAUGUAUUAUGGCUUAAGUGAUUGUCUUCUAUCUGAUGCAUAUGCUGUAACAAAAUUGUCAGUCCGUAAAUUGCUGCAAGAUUAUUUGAUACGUUUUGUCAGUAAAGGCUGCCAUGAGCUUUUCAUUACUGUCAUUCUCGGUGGGGUACCUGGGUUGUAUUUAAUUAUGAUUCCCAGGAAAUUAUGAGCGGAGGCGAAUAUAUAGGCUUAAAAUACAAAUAACUGCAUUAUUCACUUGUUAGGAGCAGAUUUUAUCCAAGCUGUCCUACCUGUUUUCUUCUUUGCUGGCCAACAGUAGCUGGUUGAUUCAACAGCACACCAUAGAGGCAUUCACACAGUUUGCACAGGUAAGAUGAAGUCCAGCUGUGCGUUCCAGUUUGGGGGAGAAAUGCACAUGAUCCCACUAAAAUUAAUCAGUUUUAAGCUCACUCUUAACACCCUUGGUGUUAAGGGCUGUAAAGGGCUCGAUCCAGCUAAGUUUGGUUACAAGUAACUGAGCUCCUGGCAUCCAGAGAUUGGUGGAAAGAACUGCCAGUAGCACAUUCCCUCCCCCAAGUUCUCAUUUGCACUGCAGUUUUGAGAAAUGAGAAGCAGCAAAAAUCUCUUUGACUCUUACCAUGUCCAAACUGCAGUGUAGCUAGAGAAGAGUCCACCACUCUUCCAAAACCUUGCCACAUGGUUUCAGGAAGAUGCACUGUCUUCUGGAGUUUGGAGAAAAUGAGAAACAGUAGGACAACUUGAAAGAGAAAAUGCAAGGAUUUAUUUCGUUCUCCUGAGGUUUGGUGAAGUUGUUAAAAAAAGAAAACAACCCCAAAAGAAACUCAAGUCUCUUCCACUUUCUAUCCCUUUGCUUUCUCUAUGUUCCAGGGCAAAUUGAGAAACAACCCCUAGUAAGCAAAGCUAGGGUUUGCAGACCACUGCUUAACUUCCAUCAUAUUCAGUGGUACUUAGAUUAGAUGCUUCUCUUCGGCUGGGUAAUAUAAGUAGUGUUAAGUCACAAUGACAUACUACAGAUUAGUUUUUUCUGGAUCUGUAGAUGUUUGUGUUAUUAAAGAGAACAGAAAAGCAACUGAAGAAGGAAUUGCGUAAAUUCUACUGAUUGGUAUUUUAGUUGUAAUUUUAGCUCUGCUUUCAUAAAAUACUUUGGGUACAGGGAAAGACUAGGGCUUAGAAUUUUAAAAUAACAAUAACAUUAAAUAAGAUAUAAGGGAUGACAAACAGAGCAGAAAGAUUUGGGAGUACCUGACUUUGAAUAAUAAACUGCCUGCUCUUCUGUUGUUAGUUUUAAUAGUGCUGAACAUUUCCAGUUGUUUAGCAGAAAUUCCUCAGAUCUGCUUGAUUCUUGUGUUAACAUAACCAGGCUGUGGUGAGCAUGAACCCUCUUCUCCCCUAUUUGUUUUUGUGUUGUUGUUUUUUGUAUUAAGGAGACGAGCCAUGAAGCCAUACUUUCCCAGUGCCUUAAUUCUGAAGAAAUUAAAAGCAAAGUUGUUGGCUUCCUAUCAAAGGUAUUUCUUAAAAUAUAAAAUGGAUGGUAUGCUACUGGUGCCAGAUUUUCCAUUUUGAAAUUUAAUGUUUCCUGAACAAAUUAUGCACAUUGAUAAUACAGAGUUAUACAGUGGACCUUUGGGUAACGUAUGUUUCGGGUUGCGAACGCGGCAACCCCGGAAGUGUAUACUUUCGGGUUUCACCACAUACGCAGAAGUGAUCUAUCACGCCGCAUGCGUGCGCAGAAGUGGCGCCUCACAUUGCAGACUUUUUGGGGUACAUACAGACCCCCGGAACAAAUUAAGUUUGUAUCCGGAGGGUCCACUGUAUUGAGUUUACAACUAAACUGAGCUUUAUCAAACCAAAAUGCAUAACCUGAAACGAAGAUAUGCAGACGACAUACCUUGUACAUGUACCAAAAGAUGGACUUUUGUUUAUUUACACAAGUAAGGACACUAAAUCACUUCUUUGUGGUCUCUGCAGUCAUACCUGUGCUUAUUUAUUUGAAAUAUUUAAAUCACAUCUUUCAGCCUAACGGGCCUUCUUUAAGGCAGCCAAUAACCUCUAGCUAAGGGAAAACUGCACUUGUAAUGUUAGAAACAGUUUUCUUCCAAACUUUUGACAGUAGUAGCAGCAGCAGCUAUGAAUUUAACUGCAUAGUUAGGUUAUUUCUGCUCUGGCUUUUCUCUCAGACCCGCCUUGUAGAGGAGACAGCAGAAGCAAGAGCAGAACGGAUGAAAGAGGAAAAUGUUCGUCUUAAGUGCCAUUUGCGAGAAGCCACAGCAGACAGACAAAGGAGCCUGACCUUGGAGGUAUGUUGCGGAAUUGGGAUUGCGUGUUGUAGUGAUUUCUGCUAUCAUUUUCACAGUUCAUGAUGGUGCUAAAUUUGUGCCAGCAAAUUGAGGGCCAAGACACACAUUUUUGUUGUUAACCUGAGCAAGUCUGUGCGCCCAUGAGAAUACAUUUAUCGUGUGAAAUAUAUAUAGGCAACAGUCAUGUCACAUGAUCACAGCAGUUUAUAGGAAUUGCUGCUUUCUAUCUGUAUUUUUCCAGUUCAUACAGUUUGCAUGUGAAUGUUUACCCAGAGGCAGUCACUAGUCAGGCAAACAAAAAUACUAGUUUGGGGUCUAUUAGUCCUCAUUUUAUAUCCUGGUCUGUAGCUUUUAAGGGACGCGGGUGGCGCUGUGGGUUAAACCACAGAGCCUAGGACUUGCCGAUCAGAAGUUCGGUGGUUUGAAUCCCUGUGACGGGGUGAGCUCCUGUUGUUUGGUCCCUGUUCCUGCCCAAACCUAGCAGUUUGAAAGCAUGUCAAAAUGCAAGUAGAUAAAUAGGUACCGCUCCGGCAGGAAGGUAAAUGGUGUUUCCGUGCGCUGCUCUGGUUCAGCUGCUCAGCGGCUUAGUCAUACUGGCCACAUGACCCGGAGGCUGUACGCCGGCUCUCUUGGCCAAUAAAGUGAGAUGAGCGCCGCAACACCAGAGUCGGUCACGACUGGAUCUAAUGGUCCCUUUACCUUUAUGUAGCUUUUGCUAUAAGGAAGAAAGCGAUGGACUCCUGGCUGAAGGGGGAAGAUAGCACCUGGUAAUCAUUCUCAUCAGUUGAGGAAAGGCAGUCUGGAACAUACGGGCUCCCAGUUCAGGCAGUCACACUUUAUCCUGAUAUUAGGAAGUGAGGAUAGUUUUGCAUUGCAGUAUAUUCUUACCUUCAAGCCCUACUUUUUAUUAUUAAGAUACAAACUGUAAACAUUUCUAACCCUUGCAAUUCAUGGGGAGAAAGGGUCUUCAGUCUGUCCUACCCUCCCAGAACAGGGAAGGAAUAGAAUAAAUAACUUCAGAAUUUUUCUCUAACAAUAGCUGCCUAACCAUACCUGGUCUACUCUGACGUAAGUGCCACUGAGUUCAGUGUGGCUUGGAUUGCAGGCUUUAAAGGGCCAUGUUAGGCAGAGCCUUUUUUAGGCAGGGCAAGAGGUUUUAAGACCCAUUCUUUUGACUAUUGAACUUCAAUCAUAUUAUUGUAAUUGAGUUUGUAAGUGAUGGGGCCACAGCUGCUUUUAUAGUCUUGCUGGUACACACAGGUCUUGCUCUACAGAUGCUUGUUAUACAAAACUUCACUUAUCUGAAUAGGAGGAAUUAGUGCCCAAACCAUGCUGUAUAUGCCACAGAUUCAGAUAGUCCAACAGCUGGAUCUGUGUGUGGCACAGUAAACAAAUAAGCAGGCUUAAACAAGCCUGCCUUGUUGCAUUUUGCUGAUCUGCAAUAGCCGUUUUGCCGGAAACCAUGAUGAGAGGCAGGGGGAGAGACUGGACAAAUAAGAGAGCAUUUGUUUGCCUUUUGCAAUGUUUCAGAGGGUUUUCCUGUCGUUUUGGAGUCAAAACUCCAUGCUUGAAGACGCAUUAGAAAUUUUCCCAUAGUAAUCGUUGACACGUUAUGCAAAAGCUUGUUUAAUUACUGAUUUCCAGGAAUGCAUUAUAUUCAGUAAACACAACCUGCAUGUAUAUAGCCCAUGCUGGGGCUUUUUGUUUGUUGGAAUGACAAGUAACUAGUAGUCUGAGAGCUGCUUUUAAAAAUAAACACUGUCAUGAGAAGUGACCCCUCUUGGUAUUGCAACCUUUUUCUUUGGAGUUUGCAAUUACAGGCCAAGAAGAUAGUCUACAUACAAUUUGAAAGUGGAUCAUUUUGAUUUUUGACUAAGCAGCACUACUUAGCAUGCUUAAUGGCUAUGAAUCAAAAUCUUGAAAAUCAGAUUCCAUCUUGUGUGUUGAGCAGUGACUGGGUUACAGAAGUGUCGGAUUAUAAAACUGUUUUUCAUUUAUAGCCCUUCCCGAAAAGAACUUGCUACUCAGCCAGUGAAGAGCAAUAUAAGUCAGCAAUCGACGCAGCCGGAAGGACACUGGAGGUUUUGAAAGCGCUACUACAAAAGGGCCCACCCCCUAUUUGGUUCGCAAAGAAAUUGGAAACUUUACAGAUGACGCUGAACAGUUUGAAGAACAGCAUAAGUUGAUAGAUUUAAUGCAACCUUUUGAGUGACUUCAGUACUGCAGUCCUACUAGAGAUUCACAGCUCAAAGCCAAAGAAACAAAGUGCAGCCCAGUGGUAAUUUUAGAGUAAGCAUGUUGUAUAGUCGCUUUGUAAAGUUUACAGGGUCUUAUUGGUUCGAAGAGUGAAGAUACUGAGCGAAGCUUAAAGUAAGUUAUUGAACACAGAAUUAAAAUACAUUUUUUCUAUGCCAUUUCCUUCGACUUCAGCCUGCCUCCUUUGCUUACCAAGAGUAUUACAAACAUGUAAUGGAAACUAAACUGUGAGAACGAAAAUUUUUGCUGUGAUGCUAUUCUCCCCUAAUUUAAGUUCACAGCUUCUCACACUGUACAAAAACAUAGCUUUGUAAAAGACAGCCUAGAAUUUCUUGCACCUCUACCUGUUGAAUCAAUUCUCUUAAGAAAUAGAUUACACAAACAUUUAACCAGUGAAUUGUCCAUUUAUUUUUCCUAGUUUUCCAUAAACAGUAACGGUUGGUGGAAAAAAAUCAGACCACACAGCCUAUCCCUCUUUCCAAGCGCACAGGGCCGGAUGCAUGAGUUGUCAUGUGGCCUAAAUGCUGCAGGUGAAAAAGGCAAGCACCUGAACGGACUCUGAAGAUACCUUUGAGGCCUUGGUGCCUGUGGAGGGGCAAGACUUGUCCAGGGCAUUGCAGAAGCAGCUAUCUAACUCAAAACAUAGCUCAAGGUCUUCUAUCUGUCACCAGUUGGCAUCAUCUUCCCAGUUCAGCUCAUCUUGUUCCCAGCCAACAUCCACCUAGAAUAAAGAUAAAAUGCAUUAAUCAUACCAACAAGCUCUGUAAUAAACAAAUGUUGCACAGCUAAGCUGCUAAGAGCCAUUAGUUUUUAUUGGCUAUCAGUGUUGAUACACUUUACGUAGAAGAGUAGUACAAAAGGGAUGAUGAAGGCAGAGACUCCAUCCCUCUAAAGUCCUGGUGGCCAACACAGUGUGGCUCACAAACCUCACGAUUUCUUUUUUCUAGCAUUACUUUGAGAAAGACCAUGGGCUGUAUCCUAAACCAGCUAUAAUAUUUUAUUUUUUAAAACUGAUACAACAUGUUGAACAAAGAGAGGUAUCCAAGUUCCAAAUUCUCACCUCUGUAAUUUCAGCUGCUGCAAAUUUAGAAGAGAACUGUGCAUCGCAUUCGCUGCCGGAGACUGUGUUAAAGUUGUUCUGAAUGACAGGAUGGGCCCCCAGCUCUGGCAGAAUCAGUAGUGCUGACGGAGGUUUGAUGUCCGGGACCAUGUCAGCAAACCAGUCCAGCUCUGUGUCAUGCAACUCUUUCCUCUUCACCUGGAUCAUAUACUCCUCCCCUAAACCACAUUCCAACUUGGGAGGCUUCUCUAAAAGCGCCGCUUUGGGCAAACCGAUUUCGUCUUGCUGGUGGCCCCUGUGGCCAUAGCUGCCACUAUUGAUGCUGGGUCCCGGAGAUGGAUUACAUGUGAGAGUUCUGAAUUCUUUUCUGAGCUCAAACAUCGUUGGAGGCAGCUGCAGCCCUGCGACAUCAUUUAACCCUACAGCAGUGAGGCUGUUUCCUGAGGAGAGUUUAAAGUUAGGGCUGUCAGCUGCACCGUCCCAAGAUUUGUUGUCUUCAUCGUGACCAGCAAGACAGGGACUGCUGUUCACACAAAACUCUUUCCUUUGGCUCUCUACACUUUUGUCAGCCUCUGGCUUUUCACCCUCGCUCCAGUCUGGCCAUUCCUCUCCUAUUUUCUCAACUGCAUGCUGAUAAUUUCCACCAUUCCUCAAUAUAUUUAGUCCACCAGGGACACUGCUUAAGUGCAGAGAGUCUUGUUCUCCUGUGAAAGACACAGAGCAUAUGUCUGUUUUGAGGAGGGAUGCAUUAUAAAAGUUUAAACACACCAACAUACAUGACUGCUUGCACUGAAGAGACAUAAAAGGUAAUCAAGCUGAAGAAAAGUCCACCAGAUCAGAACAUAUUAACCUAGCCUGACAUCUCUUGCGGCUAUCAACCUAACCAGUUAAAAAUAGUAAGUUCAAUGAUAUGAAAGGUCUGCUGUCUAAAGUGGCUAAGAGCUAUAAAUGCUAGAUUUUUUCCCAUAGAGCAGAAGGCAUUGCAGAAUCUUCAGAGCCUUUUUAGAAGCAAGGACUGUGGCAAUGAAAAAGAAAAAGCCAGGAUUACCUUCCCUUAAGGCGACAUGAGAAUCUUGCCUUGGCACAUGGUUCCUGCUGCUGAAGGGAAGAUUCCCAGAGCUGGGGCACUUGAGAAACAUGGAGUUAUUCUUCUGCAGGGGCUGAUAAAUAAGCCUUCUCUGGCAACUUACUACAUGAUUAGGAGAGUCUACAAGGAUACACAAACC